CAGCUGGAGCUCUCUGCUAGAAGUAAGCCUGUGUAGGAGCGCCUGGCACUCACUUGUCCUCUGGAGUCAGCCACUAUUUAUCCAAGCAAAGCCUGGAUCCUGGCACUCAGCCAUGAUGAGAACAGGUUUCCAGGGGGUAGCAAGACUUGUCCACCACAAAGCUCUUUACAGAAGCCCCCAUACCCUGCCCAGACUCCACCUGGCCUCGGCGUUUGGAUCUUCCACAGAUUCCCUGGUCGCAAGAUUCUGUGGAGAGAAGACAGAUUUGAAGGAUUAUGCCCUUCCCAAUGCCAGCUGGUGUCCAGAUAUGCUGAGCCUGUACCAAGAAUUUCUGGAGAAAACUAAAUCAGGCAGCUGGGUUAAACUACCCUCCUUCAAGUCCAACAGAGAUCAUAUCCGGGGCCUUAAGCUCCCAUUUGGACUGGUAGCUGCCUCAGACAAACAGGACUGGCGCCUCUUUACAAGAUCCAUCCAACUGGAAGGGCAAGGUUAUGAGUAUGUCAUCUUUUUCCACCCAUCUGAGAAGAAGUCAGUCUGCCUUUUCCAGCCAGGCCCCUACCUAGAGGGGGCACCAGGGUUUGCCCACGGAGGGUCACUGGCAGCCUUGAUGGAUGAGACAUACUCUAAGACUGCCUAUCUGGCUGGAGAAGGACUGUUCACACUAAGUUUCAACAUCAAGUUCAAAAACUUGAUCCCCGUGGGCUCUCUGGCUGUCCUGGACCUUCAGGUAGAAAAGAUUGAAGAUCAGAAGCUCUACAUGUCCUGUAUCGCCCAGAGCAGAGACAAGCAGACAGUCUAUGCCAAGUCCUCCGGUAAAGAAACCUGCAGCCUCAGUCUGGGCCUGCCUGCCACUACCCAACCCACAACAGGGAGGGAAGCAGAGGGUUAAAGAUCAAGUCCUAAGCUGGAGUCUAGUACUUUUAGGAGUGGGAAUGUGUACUUGCUAGAGACAUGGAUGAAGAGAAAGAGAACAAAACUAGAAUUUUUCCUAGUGAGGAUUACCCAAC